AUGUCGGCCACGGACGCUCUUUUGGUAAGGUAUUGAUUAUUAAAAUCAAUGAAUGAGUGGGUUUUUGGGAUAUGAACAUGUACAUAGUUCUGAGAAUGUACAUAGAUCAGGGUGCAAUAUCGAGAGAAAAAAACGCCGACUGCCGAAGAAUUGGGAGUUGUUAUUUCGAAUACUUUUCGUGAUGAAAGUGAUGAAAAAUUUAGAAGAAGACAAAUCGUAGAACAUUCACAUAGCACACCGCCAAUAAUGUGGGAGUAUGCAAGUAAAAGUAUUUUGUAGCCGUUUCCGUGGACUGAGUGAUAAAUUCUGUGACCUCCAUUAUGAUGAUUUCAAAAAACAGACAAUCGCGUUUUCCAGUUAUGCGUUUUCCAUAGUUUUCGGGCAUGUAAAUUAGGUACACAGACUACACCCUUUUAGCCGGUCUCUGUAGUUACUGUUAUAGAUGCAAAGGGGUUUAUAACGCGCCUUCGCUUGUCAGUUAUCAUCAGUUCCAGUCUGUGUUUUCCGUCCAUUAAAUAUUUGUUUUCCAGGAGCCCGUGGCCAAUAUGAAGGUCGCUACUGAAAAUGUGGAGAUUGGCGGCAAAUUCACGCCAAAAACAAAGAAAAGAUCCGGAAAUAGCUUUUCGAACUUGGUGAGUUUGAGUGAGGUGUUAAUUAAAGUGUGCAUAUUGCAUUUUCAGUUCCGGGACUCUGGAUUCGUGGACUACCUUCUCCUUCUUGGAGGUUUCAUCUUCAGUGCAGCAAGUGGAGCCCUUCUCCCAUUCAACAGUUUGAUAUUCGAAGGAAUCACCAACGUUUUGAUUCUGGGAGAAGCUCAAUAUCAAAAUGGAACUUUUGAUUACGACUCGUUCAGUGGUGGCAUCAAACACUAUUGUCUCAACUACUUUCUCCUCGGCGUUUACAUGUUUGUAUGCACUUACCUCUCGGUUCGAAUCAAGAGAACUUAGCGAAUGAUUCAUAAAUCAAAUUCAGAAUGCUUGCCUCUACACAAUGUGCGAACGCCGUCUUCAUUGCAUCAGAAAACACUACCUCCGCGCUGUUCUCCGACAAGACGCCAAAUGGUUCGACGAAAACACAAUCGGUGGAUUGACUCAGAAAAUGAGCAGUGGAAUCGAGAAGAUCAAGGACGGAAUCGGAGACAAAGUGGGCGUUAUUGUGUCCGGAACGGCCACGUUCAUCAGUGGUGUUGCUCUCGGCUUCUACAUGUGCUGGCAGCUCACUCUUGUCAUGCUCAUCACAGUUCCUCUCCAACUCGGAUCCAUGUAUCUGUCGGCCAAGGUAGGCGAAUGAGAAUAGCACUGGGCAAACAUUUAAUUAUUGUUCAGCAUUUGAACCGCGCCACGAAAAACGAAAUGUCUGCGUACUCGAGUGCGGGAGGAAUGGCGAACGAAGUGAUCGCUGGAAUCAGAACGGUCAUUGCCUUCAACGCUCAGCCAUUUGAAAUUGAACGGUAAUUGUCUCCAUUUACAAUAAUUUGCACCCCGUUUUGUUUUUGCAGAUAUGGGAAACAGUUGGCUGAAGCCCGGAAGAUGGGUAUCCGCAAGACCGUGGUCCUCGCAAUCUGCAGUGCCAUGCCGCUAAUUCUCAUGUUUGUACUCAUGGCUGGCGCAUUCUGGUAAGUCCCUAUUUUUUCGUAAACACAAUUACCAUAAUCCGACGUCAACCAUCGUAUUCUUUGAACUUUUAGGUACGGUGCGAUUCUGACUGCUGCCGGAGUGGCUACUUCGGGUACAACAUUUGGAGUGUUCUGGGCCGUGAUUCUGGGAACCAGACGUCUUGGAGAAGCGGCCCCACACAUGGGAGCAAUCACUGGAGCUCGUCUUGCUAUCAACGACAUCUUCAAAGUAAUCGACAACACGCCAGAGAUCAAUUGCACAAAGGAAACCGGCAGACGUCCCGACAAAAUAGAAGGAAAACUCACCUUUGAGAACAUUGAGUUCACAUACCCCACAAGACCAGAUGUCAAAAUUCUGAAAGGUGUCUCAUUUGAUGUGAAUCCUGGAGAAACAAUCGCUUUGGUGGGACACUCUGGUUGUGGAAAAUCCACUAGCAUCGGUCUUCUUAUGCGUUUUUACAAUCAGUGCGCGGGAACGGUAAGUCUCAGAAGUCAGACCAAAAACUUACUUAACGGUAAAUUUAAGAUUAAACUCGACGGAAUUCCAAUUCAAGAGUACAAUAUUCAAUGGCUCCGAAGGACCAUCGGAAUUGUUCAGCAGGAACCAAUUAUCUUCUUGGCUACAGUGGCUGAGAACAUCAGAAUGGGUGAUGAUUCCAUCACGGACGCUGAGAUCACUGAGGCAUGCGAAAUGGCAAAUGCCCACGAUUUCAUCUGCAAAUUGAGUGAGGGCUAUGAGACUGUUAUUGGUGCAGGAGCCAUUCAACUGUCCGGUGGCCAGAAACAACGUGUCGCCAUCGCCAGGGCCAUCGUCAGAAAACCACAGAUUCUUCUUCUCGAUGAGGCCACGAGUGCUCUGGACACGGAAAGUGAGCGCAUGGUUCAGGCAGCGCUUGACAAGGCCUCCCAAGGAAGAACCACCCUCUGCAUUGCCCAUCGUCUCAGUACUAUUCGAAAUGCCAGCAAGAUUUUGGUAUUCGAUCAGGGACUUAUUGCCGAAAAAGGAACUCAUGACCAGCUCAUCCGACAAAAUGGAAUUUACACGAACAUGGUUCGAGCGCAAGAGAUUGAGAAAGCCCAGGACGACACGACUAUGGAUGACGAAGUUUCUGAAACCGACAGCCUGUCUAUCAGCCGACGACUAUCAGCGUCAGAAGAUGAACUUCGGAAAAGCAAGAAUCUUGUCCGAGAUUCGACCCGUCUCAGUCAAAGCAUGCUCAGUGUCACUUCACAAGUGCCUGAGUGGGAAAUUGAGAGUGCACGCGAGGAAAUGUAUGAGGAAGGAGGAAUGGAAGCAUCCAUGAUUGACAUCUUCAAGUUUGCGAGACCCGAAAAGCGGAAUAUCGUCAUUGCACUAAUCUUCACACUCAUAAGAGGAGCCACGUGGCCAGCAUUCUCAGUGGUAUACGGACAGCUAUUCAAGGUGUUUGCUGAAGGAGGAGAGGAUCUGCCCACGAACGCCUUCAUCAGUUCGCUUUGGUUCAUCCUACUUGCUGUCACAUCUUCAGUCAGCACAUUCAUAUCUGGAAGUCUGUUAGGAAAAACUGGAGAGACAAUGUCGAGCCGUCUCAGAAUGGACGUUUUCAAGAAUAUCAUGCAACAAGACUCCACAUAUUUCGAUGAUCCGAAGCACAACGUUGGAAAUCUGACGUCUCGCUUGGCCACCGAUUCUCAAAACGUACAAGCUGUAAGUUACAAGUCUCUUAACAAUUUAUGAUUCCAUCUUUCAGGCCAUCGACCAUCGCCUUGCUGAAGUGCUCAACGGAGUCGUUUCGUUGUUUGCUGGAAUUGCGGUCGCCUUCUGGUUUGGAUGGAGUAUGGCUCCAAUCGGACUCUUGACGGCUUUGCUCCUCGUGAUUGCUCAAAGUGCAGUGGCACAAUACUUGAAAUAUCGUGGACCCAAGGACAUGGAGUCGGCUAUUGAAGCUAGCAGAGUAUGUUGUUCUUUCUAUCAUGAAAAGUCAAACAACUUUUUUGUCUUCAGAUUGUCACUGAAUCCAUUUCCAACUGGAAAACGGUUCAAGCAUUGACAAAGCAAGAGUACAUGUUCACGGCGUUUACAGCUGCUUCGAAAAGACCGCGCAGACGCGCUUUUGCAAAGGGACUCUGGCAGUCACUCUCUUUUGCAUUGGCUGGAAGCUUCUUCCUCUGGAACUUUGCGAUUGCAUACAUGUUUGGACUUUGGCUCAUCUCGAACCAAUGGACGACACCAUUUUCAGUUUUCCAGUGAGUUGACCACUGUCCAAUUGUAUAAAUAACGGGCAUGUUUCAGGGUUAUCGAAGCGCUGAACAUGGCGUCAAUGAGUGUAAUGAUGGCUGCAUCAUAUUUCCCAGAAUACGUCAGAGCCAGAAUCUCGGCAGGAAUCAUGUUUACCAUGAUCCGCCAGAAAGCGCACAUUGACAACCGUGGUCUUACCGGAGAGAAGCCGGUAAGCCAAAAUCACCGAGUUGCCGAAUCAUCAUUGCUUUUUUCAGGUUAUCAAAGGAAACAUCUUCAUGAGAGGAGUGUAUUUCGCCUAUCCGAAUCGUCGCCGUCAGUUGGUGUUGGAUGGAUUCAACAUGUCCGCCAAUUUCGGUCAAACAGUAGCUCUUGUUGGACCCUCCGGAUGCGGAAAAAGUACAACUAUUCAGUUGAUUGAGAGAUAUUACGACGCUCUGUGUGGAACCGUCAGGAUUGACGAUCAUGACAUCAGGGACAUUUCCGUCAAACAUCUCCGUGACAACAUUGCUCUGGUCGGACAAGAACCCACUCUCUUCAACUUGACUAUCAGAGACAAUAUUACUUAUGGAAUGGAGAAUGUGCCCCAGGAAGAAAUUGAAAAGGCAGCCAAACUCGCCAACAUUCAUAGCUUCAUUACCACUUUGCCGGAAGGAUAUAAUACUUCCGUUGGUGCAUCCGGAGGCCGAUUAUCUGGAGGUCAAAAGCAGCGAAUUGCCAUUGCUCGAGCAAUUGUCAGGUAAUUACGACGCAAGUUAAUAGCACAACAAACUUUUAAUUUUUUCAGAGACCCAAAGAUUUUGCUUCUUGACGAGGCCACGUCGGCGCUGGACACAGAAAGUGAGAAGAUUGUGCAGGAAGCAUUGGACAAGGCGAGACUCGGAAGAACGUGUGUCGUGAUUGCCCAUCGUCUCUCCACCAUCCAGAACGCCGAUAAGAUUAUUGUAUGCCGCAACGGAAAGGCGAUCGAGGAAGGAACCCAUCAGUCCCUGCUGGCUCGUCGCGGUCUUUACUACAGACUAGUCGAGAAACAAUCCACGUAA